AAACCCUCGAAGGCUCAAACCCUCUCUCUCUGUCUCUCUCUCUCUCUACCUGGGCAUCCCUCUCUCGGCGCCUCUCCUCUUCCGACCUAGGUAGAGAAAAAAGGCUAAACCUCGCGCAAACUACCCUGUCCAAGCAAUCCACGCACGAAACCCUAGAUCUCCACUCUCUCCCCUCAGAUCUCACCUCACUUCUCUACCAUGGUGUCGGAUGCGAGCAAGAAGAAGGCGGCCCAGAAGAAGGCGGCGGCGGCCGCCAAGAGAGGAGGGAAGGCCGUGGCGGCUGCGGCGUCGUCUAAGGCUACCGCUACCGUCGAUGACGUGUCCAACGGAGUCGACGCGCUUCAGAUUUCGGAUCGGACUUGUACUGGUGUCCUCUGUUCGCAUCCUCUCUCCAGGGAUAUUCGGAUAGAGUCUCUAUCACUCACUUUCCACGGACACGAUCUUAUCGUCGAUUCUGAACUGGAACUAAACUAUGGCAGACGAUAUGGUUUACUUGGAUUGAAUGGCUGUGGGAAAUCUACACUUCUUACUGCAAUAGGACGUAGAGAGCUUCCCAUUCCCGACCACAUGGAUAUUCAUCACCUUUCCAGGGAGAUUGAGGCUUCUGACAUGUCUGCACUUCAGGCUGUUGUGAGCUGUGAUGAGGAGAGGUUGAGGUUGGAGAAAGAAGCUGAAGCGUUGGCCGGGCAGGAGGAUGGUGGUGGAGAAAAUCUUGAUCGCAUUUAUGAACGUUUGGAAGCCAUGGAUGCAUCAACUGCUGAGAAGCGAGCUGCUGAGAUCUUGUUUGGUCUUGGUUUUAACCAGAAGAUGCAAGAAAAGAAAACACGUGACUUCUCUGGAGGUUGGAGAAUGAGGAUUGCUCUGGCAAGGGCUCUGUUUAUGAAUCCAACCAUCCUGUUGCUCGAUGAACCCACCAAUCAUCUUGAUUUGGAAGCUUGUGUCUGGUUGGAGGAAACUUUGAAGAAUUUCGAGAGCAUUUUGGUCGUCGUUUCACACUCGCAGGACUUCUUGAAUGGUGUUUGCACUAACAUCAUCCACAUGCAAAGCAAGAAACUGAAGAUUUACACCGGUAACUACGACCAGUAUGUUCAAACUCGUGGGGACCUAGAAGAAAACCAAAUGAAACAAUACAAGUGGGAGCAGGAGCAGAUUGCCAAUAUGAAGGAGUACAUUGCCCGCUUUGGACACGGAUCAGCAAAACUGGCCCGCCAGGCGCAGAGCAAAGAGAAAACCCUGGCAAAAAUGGAGAGAGGUGGUCUCACAGAGAAGGUGGCUAGAGAUCAGGUUCUGGUUUUCCGAUUUCCUGAUGUCGGGAAGCUUCCGCCUCCUGUACUCCAAUUCUCGGAAGUCUCUUUUGGCUACAACCCCGAGAACAUUCUCUAUAGGGAUCUUGAUUUUGGAGUAGAUUUGGACUCUAGAAUAGCUCUAGUGGGGCCCAAUGGAGCUGGGAAGAGUACUUUGCUGAAGCUGAUGACAGGGGAGUUGACCCCCCUCGACGGCAUGGUCAAGCGGCACAACCACCUGAGGAUUGCUCAGUACCACCAGCAUUUGGCUGAGAAACUUGACCUAGAGAUGCCCGCUCUCCAGUUUAUGAUAAAAGAAUACCCAGGAAACGAGGAAGAGAAGAUGAGGGCGGCGAUAGGCAGGUUUGGGCUGACCGGAAAAGCCCAGGUGAUGCCCAUGAAGAAUUUGUCUGACGGGCAAAAGAGCAGAGUGAUUUUCGCGUGGCUGGCGUUUCGACAACCCCAGAUGCUUUUGUUGGAUGAACCUACUAAUCACUUGGAUAUUGAGACUAUUGACUCGUUGGCUGAGGCCUUGAACGAGUGGGAUGGUGGUAUGGUGCUCGUUAGCCACGAUUUUAGGCUCAUAAACCAGGUGGCCCACGAGAUCUGGCUGUGUGAGAAUCAGAAAGUGACACGAUGGGAGGGUGAUAUCAUGGACUUCAAGAAGCACUUGAAGAAGAAAGCUGGUUUGUCCGAUUGAAGCACGUUUUAGGCUUGUCUUCUUUGUUAUAAUAGGGUUAUAUGAUUCACUAUGAAAGAGGACCAGUGGUCUUUACAAUGUGCUCUCUAGGUGGAGAUUAUGAGAACAGCCAAGGGAGCAGAGGAGGCGAUGAAGGUUCUCUACUUUGGUUAGCUGGAAUAUUUUUUCCUCCUAUAUUCACAUCAUGCAUUUAGAAUUUUGUUUAUUCUCGGCUGUGGACACCAAUACGAUAUAUGACGGCUGGUAAUUUCUUGUUGAGCGGAUACGCGUGUUUGGAUUAUGUCAUUUUUAUCUAUUCAAUUUGAACCUGACAUUGUACUUGAAAUUUAUGGUGAUCUUAUUCUACUAUUCACCAUCCCCGUUACUUGGCUUCUAGUCAGUUUUUGUAUGGGAUGGCUUGUAAUGAUAUAUGGAUUUCAGUAGUGUUUUGUUUU